AUGCAACUAUUCGAGGCCGCUGGCUGUGUGAACGGUGACAUUGACUAUGAGAUCAAUGUGUCCAUGAUAGAAAUCUACAACGAAAAAAUCAAAGAUCUCCUCGCACCGUCUGGGUCAUCAAGUACACCUCUGUCGAUUCGACUGGGCGAAGAUGGACGCCUAUCGAUCCCCGGUCUGAGAGAAGUACGGGUAACAUCUGUGGAACAUGUGAUCGAGGUCCUAGAGGAGGGCCGGCGGAACAAGGUACAACCUUCAAGUUGCCCUUCAAGCUCCCGACUUGGAAUUGUACUUUUCAAGGCAGUAGCAGCGACUGAGCUGAAUGCGAGCUCCAGUCGGUCACAUGUGAUCGUACGAGUUGUCGUCACGACGAAGAAUAACAUAACCGGCGUUACCACUGUCGGCCGAUUAAACUUGGUUGAUUUGGCUGGAUCUGAAAGAGUUUCGCAGACGAACGCCACUGGUCAGUUGCUCAAAGAAGCACAGGCCAUUAACAAGUCCCUGUCCGAGUUGGGUAAUGUCGUGCUGGCACUUCGACAAAAUCAGAAACACAUUCCAUUCCGAAACUGCCAACUCACGAGGAUUCUUGAGGAUAGUCUAAGUGAGUGCACGAGCUCCGAGGGACAUAUCCUUGCGUUGUGA